ACUUCGACUCCGAGAUGUACACGGAGGAGAUCGCCUCCGCCCCCCGCACGGAGAGGAGGCACCACAAGUCCUCCUCCAAGGAGAACUUCAUGCGAGCCACCAAGAAGGGGAAAGGCGCCAUCUUCAAGAACAAGAAGCGCAUGAAGGAGAGCCUGAUCAAGAACAUGGAGGAGUUCCGCAAGUGCGUCAAGUUCGACUCCAUCGUGGACAAGAUCAAGGGGGUGGAGGAGGGGGUGCUGCACCACCGGCCCCCCAACCGGCCCCCCAGGAGGAAGCGCCUCUUCCUCGCCUCCAAUGUGGUGGAGAAGGAGAAGAUAUUCGAGGACGAGGCCGACGACCCUGCCACCGCCGAUGAAGCUGCCCCCGAAUCCAGGUACGAUUCACCGAUUCACACCAAGUCCAGGCUGGUGCUUCCCUUCGAGCCGCGCUACAAGCGCUACAGCGAGCACCUGCGGGUCAGCCGGGACUGGACCUCCGAGAGGAGGACCUACUCCCGGUCCCGCCCGCCCGACGCCGACGCCACUCCACCGCCCCGGAACGAGAGGGUACCCGCCACCCCGGAGGACGGGCCGUCCACCGUGGAGCUGAGCCUCGACACCAGCCUGAACACCACCAUCGGGAGCGGGUUGGGCGAGGAGCACGACGCCUCGCUCCCCUUCCCCGCCGCCUCCAACGAGGUGGUGUGCGGCGGCGCAGAGUCCGAGGUCCGGGAGAGUCGGGUCGCCAUCAAGGUGGAGAAACCGGACCGGCCGGUGACGCCGAGCGCCAAGUUCAUCUUCUACGGAGUGCCCCCGCGGAACGACAUCUUCUCCAGGUUCAAGGCGUCCGCCGCCAGGGCGAGGCAGUCGAAGGAGGACGGGAUUAAGCUCCCGUCGGCGGAGAGCUCCGCCACGCCGCCCCCCAAGCGCGGCAGGGGCAGGCCGCCCAAGAACAGGCCUCCGGAAGAGACGCCGCCCGCCCCCACCCAAGCCCAGAUGUGUGCCAUCGGCAAGAAGAUCGCCGCGGAGAAGCUCCGGCGUGCCAAGCGGGGGGCGGCCCAGGAAGAACGAGGUGAAUCCCAUCGCUGCCGCCGGGAGCUCGAGGGGCGGCCGCCGGGCGCACAAGUUCCCCACGGCCCACAUGCAGGCCCUCAAUAACAUCGUGAGCAAUAUGUACAGGACACAGAAGUCCCUGGCUCUGCAAAAGAAAGCUUCUGAAGUGGUCCCUUCUGCAACAACUGAAGUUUCUGUUUCCAAAGACUCUGGAGUUCAA